GCAGAGUUACGAGCAGCUGUUUUUUUGGCAUUAGAAGAACAAGAGAAAGUGGAGAACAAAGCACCUCUGGUAAAUGAAAGCUUGAAAAGUUUUUUAGGUACAAAAGAUGGUCGCUUGGUAGCAGGUCUUGUGGCAGAAUUUCUACAUUUUUUCAAUCUUGACUUUACAUUGGCUGUUUUUCAGCCUGAAUCAAGCACACUAAAUGGCCUUGAUGGUCGAGAAAACUUAGCUCGAGAUUUGGGAAUUAUAGAAGCGGAAGGUACUGCGGGUGGUCCCCUUUUGUUGGAAGUUGUUAGAAAAUGUCAGCAGAAAAAGAUUACAGGCAAUGAAGUGGCUCCAGUUCUAAGUGAUAGCCUGUGCCUCACAUCAAAAUCAUCUGAUGGAAGAUCAAGUACACACCCUAUACCAAAUAAGGCUGCUGAAACCACUCAAAGCGAUACAAGUAUCGCAUCAGGGGAAGCAAGCAAAAGAAGCAUUCACUUCUUGCCUAACGAAACAAAACUAGAUCCUCAACUGGAAAACAAAGACUUAAAUACCAAAGAAAAAAGUGAUCCAGGUGUGGAUGAAGAUGAUGUAGAGGGAGAUUCUUUUUUUGAUGAUCCUAUACCCAAACCAGAAAGAACAUAUGGCUGGAAAACUGAAGCUAAUAAAGCAGGGGGUCUAGCAUCCCUUUCUGAUGCACCACCUCUAAAAAGUGGGUUAAGCUCCCUGACUGGUGCACCUUCGCUAAAGGAGUCUGAUAAUUUGAAUAGAAACUCUGUUUUGAAAGACCUGCGGUUGGUGAAUGCAAAACUGGGAUCCCUAGAAUUAGGCAAUGGAGAUGAUGAUGAGUAUGCCGAUGACUUCAACAGUACUAGUCAUCGCUCAGAAAAAAGUGAUAUCAGUAUUGGUGAAGAAAUAGAUGAAAUUUCUGUGGAAACAGAAGAGUCAAAUGCCAGUGAUAAACUUGAAGGCAUCACGCAAGACUUUACCAUUUCUCAAUUAAGUGAUGUUGCAGAUUAUCUAGAAGACGUGGCAUAG